AUGUCGAUCCAACAGCUUUCUAGAUUUUUAAAUGACCAGAAUGAAUUUCGUCGCCAAGUUCAAGGCCGUUCCCAAGCAGUAUUCUUACAAUACGAUUAUUCUGAAUCGCAACAAGCAUUCAAGGAUAAAUUUCCUUCAUGUAGUGUCUCUGCGCUUGGUGGUCUAAAAGAUUGGGAAUGGUUCAUUGACGAAAAAAGCAAACCAAACAUCCGACCGAGCUUUUACAAUCAAAGACUGCACAUCCCAAUGGGCCCUAUCCCAGCUCCUGCAACAAGAAUUGAGCAAUACGAAUCGGAGGUGCCAAUCACCGUCUUGGGUUUUCUUUAUACUCUAUCAUUCGAAGAAUUGAAUGCGCUAGCACAAGAGCAAUGCUUACUAGACAGACAACAGUUUUACGUUCCUGUUUUAAUUCAAUCCAGGUCAAUUAAUGGUUUUGAGACAAGGAUGAUUAUGGCAACCAUUUUUGUAGACAUGGCCACCACUAGAGGUGGUUCUAUUGAUUUGACAAACGAAUCAACGAACUUAAAAUGGGUUACGGCGAUCAAACGCAUGGAAGUAAUAGGAAUGCCGAAUUGGUAUGUCACAACAAUCAAGGCGAAACUUAGAGGAUGGGAUAAGAGGGUUGAGCCUCUUCUCGUUCGUCUUAAUCCUGAUCCUACCACCGAUCCACAGGCAGCGCAAAGACAGGCAGCUCUCACCUCGAAUGCAAGACUUAAGCAACAGCAACAGGAAGCAGAUCAUCAAGGGCGACAGAAGCAGAAGAAAGCUCCAAGUCGACCAAUGAUCACAAUUUCCCAAAGACAGCGAGACUUUAUGUUACAGCAGAUCCUGAACCAUGGAAUGAUAUCAUCCGAGGCCAUGCUAAAGCUUACCGAAUCACAAAAGACUUAUAUGGUCGACACGUAUUUACGCAGACAACAAAAGGCGAUCUAUGUACGAGAUAAAGCUGAAAAGAAACGACUCAAAGAAGCUUCUGAAGUUUCUGCUCUGAUGAUUGGAAUUCCAGGACAACAAAGGUGUGCUAAUGCUCCAGGACAGCAAACAAAUCCACGUGAAGAGGCUAUUCUUGACGAUGUCCUUCGAAAGCAAAAAGAUGCAGCACGAGAGCAGGAUUCUAGAGGAAGUUCUAGAAUGCCGCCACCAUCACAACCUGCACGCAGAUAUUCACAAAGUAGUCCAGGAAAAGGUCAAGCACAGUCACAAGCACAAAAUGGAAAUAGCAGGCCGCCACCACAACUCAACUAUCCUCAAAAUCCCAAUAAUCUCAAACGACAAGCUUCGAAUUCGAUCGCUAAUGCUAUUGGCACCCCAGGUGCUAAACGACAGAAUACGGGAAAUACGGGUGGUGAAAAGGGAGGCUCACAAAACUCCAACAGAAAUAACGGAGAGACGAAAGAUCAGGCUUCGAAUCCAAACGCGAAGAAUAAUUCAAGUGUUGCUCAGGAACCCAAACCUAAGACAAGAGGUCGGCCGAGGAAGAGUCGGGCUAAGGCACCGCCUGCUGGAGAUCCGAGUAACUUGAAUCAAGAUGGACAGAAUUAUCAGGUCGCGAGAACUAAUAUGGGUUCUGGUGGCAAGGUACGUACGAAUGCCAAUGCGAAGGGUAAUGCGAUGUCUGGAGGUCAAGCACAAGCUGCUCUUGGAAAUUUGAAUCGAGUGGAGAAUGGUAAUGGAGUUGGUAACGCGUAUUCGAAUGGAAAUCUCAAUACGCUGAACAGAUCACAAGCUCUUCCGCAUGUGGAGCAAGCAGCAAAGAUGGUGGAUUAUUUCCAGCCUAAAGCUAAUGGGGAGAAAGCGGGAGAUGGAAGCUUGCAGUAG